GACCUCGACCCUUGGCGGACUCCGUGGCAGCGCAUGGCGGCGAUCUCUGCGGGGCUGCGGGCGUUGCGGACACGACCAUUCUGGCUGUUGACCCGCACGAUGGCAUCGGGGGCAGCAGAGCCGCAGCGCCGCAGCUUUGAGACCCUGCGUGUGAUGCCGGUGCAGGGCCGAGUGCUGCACGUGGAGCUGAACCGCCCCGAGAAGAGGAACGCCAUGAAUGGCGCCUUCUGGAGGGAGAUGGUGGAGUGCUUCCAGGACAUCAGCCAGGACUCGUCGUGCCACGCCGUCGUCAUCUCAGGCGCGGGGCCCAUCUUCUCAGCCGGGAUUGAUCUCGUUGACAUGGGCAAUGAGUUCCUGAUGGCGAACGGUGAGGACACGGCCCGGAAGGCCUGGCAGCUGCAGCAGAAGAUCCGCGGGUACCAGGAGAGCUUCUCCGUGUUGGAGAAGUGCCCCAAACCUGUGAUUGCGGCUGUGCACGGCGCCUGCAUUGGCGGAGGUGUCGACCUCGUGUGUGCCUGUGACAUCCGCUACUGCAGCCAGGACGCGUGGUUCCAGGUGAAGGAGGUGGACAUCGGGCUGGCGGCUGACGUGGGCACUCUGCAGCGUCUGCCCAAGAUCGUGGGCAGCCAAAGCCUCGUCAACGAGUUGGCCUUCACCGCGCGCAAGAUGAUGGCCCCCGAGGCGCAGAGCUGCGGCUUGGUGAGCCGUGUUUUCCCGGAUAAGGCCGCUCUGCUGCAGGGCGCCCUGGAGCUGGCGGUGGCCAUCGCAGCCCGCAGCCCCGUGGCCGUGCAGGGCACCAAGGUGAACCUGCUGUACUCGCGGGAUCACCCCGUGCCCGACAGUCUGCGCUUCAUGGCUGCCUGGAACAUGAGCAUGCUGCAGACGGACGACAUCCUCAAGUCGGUGCAGGCCGCCAUGGAGAAGAAGGGCCCUGAGGCCGUCACCUACUCCAAACUGUAGGGCCAAAACAGGUCCAUCCCCCCCCCCCCCCCAAUAAACGUGGCUGUUCUC